CCGGCCGCGCGCCCGCCCGCUCCCUCCGGCGCGCCCGCGCCGCCUCCCAUACCUGCGCGGGGAGCGGCGCCGCGGCCUCCUCCCCCGCCCGCCCGCCGCCGCCGCGGGAGUAAAGGUCGCGCCCGCAGACAGCGAGCCUGCCGCGGCGCCUCCAGGAAGCCGGCGGGGCAGGUCGGCGAGGAGGGGAAAGAGCCGAGAAACUCGGGCAGAAGAUGGCGCCGGACGGGCCGGCCGAGGACUGAGAGCCGCCGGGACCUGCCGCCCGCCCAGGGCACCGCGUCCGGGCUCGGCCCGGCCUGCGCGGUCAUGUCGGUCAGCGAGCUCUACAGCCAGUACACAAGGGUCUGGAUCCCUGACCCCGAUGAGGUGUGGCGCUCUGCUGAAUUAACCAAGGACUACAAGGAGGGGGACAAGAGCCUCCAGCUCCGACUGGAAGAUGAAACCAUUCAGGAGUACCCCAUCGAUGUCCAAAACAACCAACUUCCCUUCCUGCGGAAUCCAGAUAUCCUGGUGGGAGAAAAUGACCUAACUGCCCUUAGCUAUCUCCAUGAACCUGCAGUUUUGCAUAAUUUAAAGGUCCGCUUCCUGGAGUCCAACCAUAUCUACACUUACUGUGGUAUUGUGCUUGUUGCCAUUAAUCCUUAUGAUCAGUUGCCAAUCUACGGUCAAGAUGUCAUCUAUGCCUACAGUGGCCAGAACAUGGGGGAUAUGGACCCCCACAUCUUUGCUGUGGCAGAGGAAGCCUACAAGCAGAUGGCCAGAGAUGAGAAGAACCAGUCCAUCAUAGUCAGCGGGGAGUCUGGAGCUGGCAAGACGGUGUCAGCCAAGUAUGCCAUGCGCUACUUCACCACGGUCAGUGGCUCGGCCAGUGACACCAACAUCGAAGAGAAGGUCCUGGCGUCCAGUCCCAUCAUGGAGGCCAUCGGGAAUGCUAAAACCACCCGCAACGACAACAGCAGCCGUUUCGGGAAGUACAUUCAGAUCGGCUUUGACAAGAGGUACCGCAUCAUCGGGGCCAACAUGAGGACCUACCUGCUGGAGAAGUCCAGGGUGGUCUUUCAGGCAGACGACGAGAGGAAUUACCACAUCUUUUACCAGCUCUGUGCGGCUGCCAGUCUUCCGGAAUUUAAGGAGCUGGCACUAACCUGUGCUGAGGACUUCUUCUACACGUCACAGGGAGGAAACACAGUCAUCGAGGGUGUGGAUGAUGCUGAGGACUUUGAGAAGACUCGACAAGCCUUCACGCUCGUUGGAGUGAGAGAGUCCCAUCAGAUAAGCAUUUUUAAGAUAAUUGCUUCCAUCCUGCACCUCGGAAAUGUGGAGAUUCAAGCCGAGCGCGAUGGUGAAUCCUGUAGAGUAUCACCUGAGGAUGAGCACCUGAGCGACUUCUGCCGCUUGCUGGGCGUGGAGCUCAGUCAGAUGGAGCAUUGGCUGUGCCAUCGCAAGCUGGUCACCACCUCGGAGACCUACAUCAAGACCAUGUCCCUGCAGCAGGUGGUCAAUGCGCGCGACGCCCUGGCCAAGCACAUCUAUGCCCAGCUGUUCCACUGGAUCGUGGAGCACGUCAACAAGGCCCUGCACACCUCCCUCAAGCAGCACUCCUUCAUUGGAGUCCUGGACAUCUACGGGUUUGAGACGUUUGAGGUGAACAGCUUCGAGCAGUUCUGUAUCAACUACGCCAAUGAGAAGCUCCAGCAGCAGUUCAACUCGCACGUAUUCAAGCUGGAGCAGGAGGAGUACAUGAAGGAGCAGAUCCCGUGGACCCUGAUUGAUUUCUAUGAUAACCAGCCUUGUAUCGACCUCAUAGAAGCUAAGCUGGGCAUCUUGGACCUGUUGGAUGAAGAAUGUAAGGUCCCCAAAGGAACCGACCAGAACUGGACUCAGAAGCUCUACGACAGGCACUCUGGCAGCCAACACUUCCAGAAACCCCGCAUGUCCAACAAGGCCUUCAUUGUCAUCCACUUUGCAGAUAAGGUGGAGUACCUUUCUGAUGGUUUUCUGGAGAAAAACAGAGAUACUGUGUAUGAAGAACAGAUCAACAUCCUGAAGGCCAGCAAGUUCCCGCUGGUGGCUGACUUGUUCCAUGAUGGCAAAGACUCUGCUCCCGCUGCCACCUCUUCUUCCAAGAUCAACAUUCGCUCCUCCAGACCCCCUGUGAAAGCCUCCAACAAGGAGCACAAGAAAACCGUGGGUUACCAGUUCCGCUCCUCCCUGCACCUGCUCAUGGAGACGCUGAACGCCACGACACCGCACUAUGUCCGCUGCAUCAAGCCCAACGACGAGAAGCUGCCCUUCCAUUUUAACCCAAAGAGAGCAGUGCAGCAGCUCCGAGCCUGCGGCGUGUUGGAGACCAUCCGGAUCAGCGCGGCCGGCUACCCAUCCAGGUGGUCCUACCAUGACUUCUUCAACCGGUAUCGGGUGCUGGUCAAGAAGAGAGACCUUGCCAACGCAGACAAAAAGGCCAUCUGCAGGUCUGUGCUGGAGAGCCUCAUCAAGGAUCCUGACAAGUUCCAGUUUGGCCGCACCAAGAUCUUCUUCCGGGCUGGCCAGGUGGCCUACCUGGAGAAGCUUCGGGCUGACAAGUUCCGGGCGGCCACCAUCAUGAUCCAGAAAGCCGUGCGGGGCUGGCUGCAGAAGGUGAAGUACCGCAGGUUGAAGGGAGCCACCUUAACUCUGCAGAGGUACUGCCGAGGAUACCUGGCCCGCAGACUGGCCAAGCAUCUGCGGAGGACCCGGGCAGCCGUGGUGCUCCAGAAGCAGUACCGCAUGCGGAGGGCCCGCCAGGCCUACCAGAGGGUCCGCAGGGCCGCCGUCGUCAUCCAGGCCUUCGCUCGGGGCACGUUUGUGCGGAGAAUCUACCACCAGGUCCUCAGGGAGCACAAGGCCACCGUCAUCCAGAAGCACGUGCGGGGCUGGAUGGCUCGCAGGCGCUUCCAGCGGCUGCGGGGCGCGGCCAUUGUCAUCCAGUGCGGCUUCCGGAGGCUCAAGGCCAAGCAGGCGCUGAAGGCCCUCAGGAUCGAGGCGCGCUCGGCGGAGCACCUGAAGCGCCUCAACGUGGGCAUGGAGAACAAGAUUGUCCAGCUGCAGCGGAAGAUCGACGACCAGAACAAAGAGCUCAAGACGCUGUCGGAGCAGCUAUCAGCAGUCACCUCCACACACACCAUGGAAGUGGAGAAGCUGAAGAAGGAGGUGGCCUGCUACCAGCAGAGCCAGGGUGAGGACAGAGGCCCGCAGCUGCAGGAGGAGGUGGAGAGCCUGCGGACCGAGCUGCAGAGGGCCCACUCGGAGCGCAAGGUCCUGGAGGACACUCACACCCGGGAAAAGGAUGAGCUGAGGAAGCGAGUUGCAGACCUGGAACAAGAAAAUGCACUCUUGAAAGAUGAGAAGGAGCAGCUUAACAACCAGAUCCUGUGCCAGUCUAAAGAUGAGUUUGCCCAGAACUCUGUCAAGGAAAACCUCAUGAUGAAGAAGGAGCUGGAGGAGGAGCGCUCCCGUUAUCAGAACCUCGUGAAGGAGUAUUCCCGGCUGGAGCAGAGAUACGACAACCUUCGGGAUGAGAUGACCAUCCUAAAGCAAACCCCAGGCCACCGGCGGAACCCGUCAAACCAAAGCAGCUUAGAAUCUGACUCCAAUUACCCGUCCAUCUCCACGUCUGAGGUGGGAGACACAGAGGACACCCUCCAGCAGGUGGAGGAAAUUGGCCUGGAGAAGGCAGCCAUGGACAUGACUGUCUUCCUGAAGCUGCAGAAGAGGGUGCGGGAGCUGGAGCAGGAGAGGAAGAAGCUGCAGGUGAAGCUAGAGAAGAAAGAACAGCAGGACGGCAAGAGAGUCCCGGCGGAACAACCAAGCAAUGACUCAGAUUUGGACCAGGAUGCAGAUCUAGCCUACAACAGUCUGAAGAGGCAGGAGCUGGAGUCGGAGAACAAGAAGCUGAAGAAUGAGCUAAACGAGCUGAGGAAAGCCGUGGCCGACCAAGCCUCGGAGCACAGCCCAGCUACCGCCGGCACCCCCGACAGCUACAGCCUCCUGCUGAACCAGCUCCGGGUGGCCAACGAGGAGCUGGAGGUGCGCAAGGAGGAGGUUCUCAUCCUGCGGACCCAGAUCGUGAGCGCCGACCAGCGCCGCCUGGCGGGCAAGGGCUCGGAGCCAAACAUCAAUGCCCGAACCAGUUGGCCGAACAGCGAGAAGCACGUGGAUCAGGAAGAUGCCAUUGAGGCCUAUCACGGGGUCUGCCAGACUAACAGCAAGACUGAGGAUUGGGGCUACUUGAAUGAAGAUGGAGAGCUCGGCUUGGCCUACCAAGGCCUAAAGCAAGUUGCCAGGUUGCUGGAGGCACAGCUGCAGGCCCAGAGCCGUGAGCACGAGGAGGAGGUGGACAAUCUCAAGGCCCAGCUGGAGGCCCUGAAGGAGGAGAUGGACAGGCAGCAGCAGACCUUCUGCCAGACCCUGCUGCUCUCCCCAGAGGCCCAGGUGGAGUUCGGCAUCCAGCAGGAGAUGUCUCGGCUCACCAACGAGAACCUGGACCUUAAAGAGUUAGUUGAGAAGCUGGAGAAGAACGAGAGGAAGCUCAAAAAGCAACUGAAGAUUUACAUGAAGAAGGUCCAGGACCUGGAAGCUGCCCAAGCCUUGGCCCAGAGUGAGAGGAAGCGGCACGAGCUCAACAGGCAGGUCACCGUGCAGCGGAAGGAGAAGGACUUCCAGGGCAUGCUGGAGUACCACAAGGAGGACGAGGCCCUGCUCAUUCGGAAUCUGGUGACAGAGUUGAAACCGCAGGUGCUGGCGGGCGCGGUGCCCUGCCUCCCAGCCUACAUCCUCUACAUGUGCAUCCGGCACGCGGACUACGUGAAUGACGACCUCAAGGUACACUCCCUGCUGACCUCCACCAUCAACGGCAUCAAGAAGGUCCUCAAGAAGCACAACGAGGACUUUGAGAUGACGUCGUUCUGGUUGUCCAAUACCUGCCGCCUCCUGCACUGCUUGAAGCAGUACAGCGGGGACGAGGGCUUCAUGACUCAGAACACUGCAAAGCAGAAUGAGCACUGUCUUAAGAACUUUGACCUCACUGAAUACCGCCAGGUGCUGAGCGAUCUUUCCAUUCAGAUCUACCAGCAGCUCAUUAAAAUCGCCGAGGGCCUCUUGCAGCCUAUGAUAGUGUCGGCCAUGCUGGAGAACGAGAGCAUUCAGGGUCUGUCCGGGGUGAAGCCCACGGGCUACCGGAAGCGCACCUCCAGCAUGCCGGAAGGAGACAACUCGUACUGCCUGGAAGCCAUCAUCCGCCAGAUGAACUCCUUCCACACGGUUAUGUGCGACCAGGGCCUGGACCCCGAGAUCAUCCUGCAGGUGUUCAGACAGCUCUUCUACAUGAUCAAUGCGGUGACGCUCAACAACCUGCUUCUGCGGAAGGACGUCUGCUCCUGGAGCACAGGCAUGCAGCUCAGGUACAACAUUAGUCAGCUGGAGGAAUGGCUUCGGGGAAGAAACCUGCACCAGAGCGGAGCUGUUGAGACCAUGGAACCCCUGAUUCAGGCUGCCCAGCUCCUGCAGUUAAAGAAGAAAAGCCCCGAGGAUGCUGAGGCCAUCUGCUCCCUGUGCACCGCCCUCAGCACCCAGCAGAUUGUCAAAAUUUUGAACCUUUAUACCCCUCUGAAUGAAUUUGAAGAACGGGUGACAGUGGCUUUUAUACGAACAAUCCAGGCACAACUGCAAGAUCGGAAUGACCCUCAGCAGCUGCUAUUAGACUUCAAGCACAUGUUUCCUGUUUUGUUCCCGUUUAAUCCAUCUUCUCUGACCAUGGACUCAAUCCACAUCCCAGCAUGUCUCAAUCUGGAGUUCCUCAACGAAGUCUGAAAAUGCACAUGCCAAAGCUCGAUUGCCAGUGAGAGCACGAAGGAAGUACAUAGGACAGUGAAGUGAAUUUAAGAAUCUGUUAAAAUCUAUAAAAGGAGAUCAGAUCAAAGUUUGAGAGCCUGUGCAGAGUGAACUAUACAGAAUAAGACACAUCUGUCAUUAUAUUUUGUACCUACUGCUCAGAAUAAAAACACUUGAAAUAUGGAA